AUGGAUCUCUAUUUGGCCAUCACCUUGGCUACAGUAGUCACCAUCACUGGACUGUUUUCGUUCUAUCAAGAAGCAAAGAGUGGGAACAUCAUGAGCUCGUUCGCCAAUAUGAUUCCGCCAAUGGCGCAUGUCAUUCGGGAUGGACGAUUGGUUGACAUAAAGGUCGAAGAAGUCGUACUUGGAGAUGUGGUCGAAGUUGGCGGUGGUGACAAGGUUCCUGCAGACAUUCGAAUUUUUCAAGCCAGAGGUCUCAAGGUGGACAACUCAUCGCUCACUGGAGAGUCGGAGCCGCAAUCGCGAACGCCAGAAUUCACCCACAAUAAUCCGCUAGAGUCAAAGAAUGUGGCCAUGUUCUCAACAAACGUAAUCGAAGGAAGUGGUAGAGGCAUCGUCAUUCUCACCGCUGACAACACA